UUUUAAGGCCGUAGUCACACUUCCGACGGACGUGUGGUUAAAGUGAAUAUUGCCUGGGCGACUUUAGACGCCUUGUGUUUAGUCCGGUGCCGUUCUCUGACGUUCCUGAGCUGUGCCCGUGUGUAAGACGCUCUGUGCAUGGUGUACGUACACGCGAGGACUCUUGAUUAGAAUAAUGUCACUUUAAUUUCACACGCACAAACCAUGGCUACCAAAGAAGAGAUGUACAGUAAAGUUGUGCCCAGAAAGAAUCGCCAGAACCGGCCUAUGACCGUCAAACAUGGGUCAACUCUAGAGGUCUUUUUAUCAAUGGGAUUCCCUAAAGCGAGGGCACUAAAGGCGUUAGCAUCUACAGGCGGGAAGAGUGUCCAGGCAGCAUGUGAUUGGCUGUUUUCACAUGUGGAUGAUCCCUUCCUGGAUGACCCGCUUCCUCGAGAAUAUGUUCUGUACCUGCGACCCACCGGGCCUUUGGCGAACAAACUCUUUGAGUACUGGCAUCAAUCACGACAGCUCUGUGGCAAAAACAAGGCUCACAACAUCUUCCCUCACAUUACCCUCUGCCAAUUCUUCAUGUGCGAGGACAGCAAAGUGGAAGGUCUCUGUGAAGCCUUGCAGAACACGGUGAACCGGUGGAAAGAGACCUUCCCGCUCCCCCUUCCCCUCGAGCUGUACACUUCGUCAAACUUUAUUGGUCUCUUUGUGGAGGAGGAGAGUGCAGAAAUCAUCAAGAAAUUUGCUGCAGAUUUUGCAUCAGAGGCUACGAGUAAAGCAGAUGUCCGAGUGGAACCCCACAAGAAGCAGCUCCAUGUCACGCUUGCGUAUCACUUUCAGCCCAAUCACUUGACUGCACUGGAAAAAUUAGCUCGUGGCGUGGACCUGAAGCUGGGCUGUGACUGGGUUGCUGCUGUUUAUUCCCGAGAUAUCCGAUUUGCUAAUCAUGAGACUCUGCGAGUAAUGUAUCCAUAUACACCUCAGAAUGAUGAUGAGCUGGAACUGGUGCAAGGAGAUUUUAUAUUCAUGUCGCCAAUUGAGCAGAGCAGCACCAGUGAGGGUUGGAUCUACGGCACUUCACUAGCGACCGGCUGCUCUGGCCUGCUUCCUGAAAACUACAUCGCCAAGGCAGACGAAUGUGAUACAUGGGUCUUUCAUGGAUCUAACUCGUUUCUGACUGCGACUGUUCCUGCUGGUGCCAGUUUAUGUGAUGGAGCUCUUCGAAGGAGGAACCAGGAGGAGCAGGGGCCAGGCGAGGCCCUGUCGCUACCCUCAAAUGUCAUUUGCCAACCAAUGCCGAUGCUGUCUAAGAACUCCCGGUGCGGUCCACAGAAACGGGAUCUGUACAUUUGCCGGCAUGGAGAGAGGAUGGAUGUGGUUUUCGGGAAACAUUGGCUCUCUCAAUGCUUCGAUUCAAAAGGUAAUUACAUACGUUCCAAUUUGAACAUGCCCCCAGCUUUACCUCAGAGAAGUGGUGGCUACAAGGACUAUGAGAAGGAUGCUCCCAUCACUGUGUUUGGCUGCACACAGGCCAGGCUUGUUGGUGAGGCUCUGCUGGAGAGUAAAUCCAUCAUUGACUACGUGUACUGUUCACCCUCGCUUCGCUGCGUGCAGACUGCAUUCAACAUACUAAGAGGACUUCAACAGGAAAACCAGAUAAAAGUUCGGGUGGAGCCCGGACUGUUCGAGUGGACAAAGUGGGUUUCGGGAAACACAUUACCAGCAUGGAUGACGGCAGAGGAGCUGGCAGCAGCAAAUCUGGGGACUGACACAACCUACAAACCUCACAUACAGGCGAACAAACUGGGGAUUUCGGAAUCCUACGAGAUGUACAUUAGCAGGAGUUGCCAGGUUAUGAGGGAAAUCCUGGCUGAAUGUAAACUCAAAGGUAACAGUGUUCUGAUUGUAGCACACGCCUCCUCACUAGAGGCCUGCACCAGGCAGCUCCAGGGCCUCUCUGCACGCAAUUCCAAGGACUUUGUGCAAGUGGUUCGAAAGAUCCCAUAUUUGGGAUUCUGCGCCUGUGAAGAGCUAGAAGAUGCGGGUAUAUGGCAGCUGGUAGAUCCUCCCAUCCUACCGCUCACCCAUGGGCCCAAUCACAGCUUUAGCUGGAGGGAUAUCUUGUUCCAAGACUAACGGAGAGAUCCAUCAUCACUGGAAGAUAGAGCCAUUAUUAGCAUGUGCUUCCACUUACUACUUCACCUCCUUUCCCUUUCCCCCAUACUCUGUAUGAGCAGGUUCAUUUCACUGCCAUGCUUGGUAUACUCUCUGAUGCAACUACCAUCUGGGUGCCCUGCAGCAUUAGUUACUUGACUGUUGUGUUAUAUGCAAGUUCAGUACCUUAUUGUGAAGGACUUGUAUUUAUUUCAUCCAAUAUCCUUAAUUAUGAAUGAGUUGAUGUAAUUACAAGACCAAUUGUGUUUAGGUCAGGGCAAGCUACAGUUCUGAGGCCAGGUGUGGUUUUAAAAAAAAUUGAGUUGACUUCAGAGAACCUAAAAAUGGUUAAGAAUUUCAGUCUGCUAAUUUAUUUUUGAAUUGUGUUUGACACAGUUUCCCUAGGACCUGUGGUGUACUUGAGCAAUAAUUGGAACAUGGGAAUCUAUAUAAAGUGUUUUGGAAGCAGUAGUAGCUGACCUGGAAUGCAUUUACUGGAGCACUGUUAACUGUGACUCCUGUCCCAUGUACCUGGACUGUGGGACCUUGCCUCCAUGCUUAUAAGCAAGGAGGACCUUGUUUAUCUCCCAUCCUCGGGAAUGUCAAGAGAUUUUAAUUUAUUUCUCCAUGUUGUAUUUAAUUGCAGCCAAAUAGCAAACCAAUUUGCAAUUGUAAGCCAAAGGAAUGGUAUGUGAGGAGAUCUUGACAUGAGGCCCACCUGCAGAUAAUUUGAAAUGUGAUGUACUUUCACCCCAGUUGGCAGACAAUCAAUAGAACAGGGUUUAUUUAUUGUGUGUUUUAUAAGCGGAAUCUGAUUUUGUGAAUGCCCUUUUUUUUUUUGAAAGCUUAUUGUAAUUAUAUAGCUGUAUUUGUAUUGCCUGGCAGUAGAAAACAGGACCAAUUCCAAAGUCCACACUCCUUUUCAGAGACGCUACUCUGAAAAGGAGUAUCGUUUAGAAUUGAGCUGACAAUAUUACACCACUGAUUCCCCAAUCACCUCUGCAGAAACAGCAGUCCACAAUGGGAUUGUGGAAUUGGUCUGAAUGUUUUAACUUAAGUUUCACUGAGGGCAGCAAUUGAUGGAGAGGGGCCUUGAAAGUUAUGUGAUUGCAUGUGUCUCUUCAUGUCUCUAUAGUCGGUUCCUUGACCUUCUCCUUAAAAGUAGGCUUGCUCUCAACGUGAUUAAACAGAGGCCUUUAACCUUCACCUUUCUUGCCUAUGGUGUAAUUUAAAGAUUGGAAUGUUUUACCUGAGAGCUUUGAGGGUUUAGAGUGACCCAAGUAUUAGUUAAAUAUGGGUCUGUUGUAUCCCCUAAAGGGGCUAUGAAACUCCUCUACUUCCCCAUUUUCCUUUCAGAUAAAUUUUUGAAACUGUAAGUUCACAUUGUUGAAUUCUAAAUCUCAACUGAAACUUGGCUUUUUAAUUCACAAAUUUGUGAUGAUUUGUGUACGAAGUGAACCAGUCGUCUUCCUUCACCAGAACAGAGAUACUUGAUGUUCAUCAAAGAAAUUUCAACAGGAUUGGCCAUCCCAGCAGUAAAGUUGAAAAUUGCCAUAUAUGUUUUUAUUUAAAAUACUGACAAAGCCCCCAGUUAGGAGAUGUGGAUGUUAGCUAAGGGUUAAAGGAAUGCACUUGAAGAGGUGGCAGGAGAUGGAGAUGAACCCUUCAGCUCUUCGCAAUUUCUCGUCAGUUUUUUUUCCAUCUCUGAAAGAUCAAAACUGGAUGUUUAUAACUUUAGAUCUCAUGAGAAGUUAGGUCAUCAUACUUGGGUAUCUGGAGAAUUCAGGAUCAAGACAUUUCUCAGUGGCACAUCUCAGUGGCAAGAACUUUAAAUACUCUGGAUUGUGAGUUUGUUUAUCACGGAAAUUUGCCAGUUUUGGUCUACAAGCUACCCAUUUUCAGGUUCAAGUAGAAGAAUAUGAAAUAAUUAUUUUUCCCAGAGCUACCCCUUGGAAGUUCUUCACACUGUAUUCUGUAUAGCAAACCAAAAUGCAGAGUGUUUUUUUAUAUAAAGUGUUUGUGUGUCUUUCUUACAUGUAGCAGAAGUAAAUGUUUAAAAUUAAGUUUACCGCAGUGAGUUAUAUAGAAGAAACUUCCUGGGGACAACUUUAAUGCAGAAAUUUAAAUGAAUCUCAGUGGCAUGGAGUGUCUGACACUGGACUACAAAUGUUGAGUGAUCAUUCCCUCUUGUUGAAGUGGCCUCAGUCUAUUCAGAGUAACAGUUCCAGCACUGCAGUACCCUUUAGUUCUAAAUCGGUUUGCAUCUGCAGUUUUCUCCGUCAGCUUUGUCUGCUUAAAACUGUAUAUAGGAAACCAGUGUAUGUUGGCAAGUGAGGGUUAGGAGAGUGAUCGAGAAUGGAGAUUCAAAUAUUUUAGAUACUUCUCCUUUGAAGGCCUAGUAAAUUUCCAGGGUGUAACAGCUAUUUCGGUCAAGGAAGUCAAACUUUGGUAGGUUCUGAGACUGCUGAUGUGAACCUGGGCGACAGCGGAGGAGGGGGUGACUCCAAUAUUUUCAUUGACUUUGGACCUCAUGAAUGUGAAGUUAUUUUGGAUUCGCACUCCUGAUUGCUACUCAAUCACCUCUGCUGUAAGCAGUGACACUAAGGGUUUUCCUCUGUUCACAUAGAGCUAUGUCAUUGUAUCACCAAUCUACACUCUCCAGGGGAAAAAAAACUAUUGCAUUAGUUAAUCAAAUGAUCACAGUGCAGUUUCAUUCCAAAGGGCAAAAUGGUGGACAUCUGGAUGCAAUUUGUUUCUGUGAAGUAUUGCCUUAAAUCCCUUUCCCUGUCUAGCAGGAACAGCUAAACUGUCACGUUGUAUGUUAUGUUAUUUUCCCUCCAUUUUUCACUCCCAACCUAGAUGCUGCCACUAAUGGAUGAGGAGGAAAGAUUUCUGUGUUCUCAAACAUUUGUGAUAUUAUUGCAUGGGUUGCUGAGAGGAUGCCACAUCUUGGUGGUGUGAUUUUAACUUAACAUGCCCAUCAGAAAAUGACAAAAUUGGGAGCAACUCCAGUUUUAGUCCUCAAGUGAUUUUUAAUCUCCAUUGGACUUAAUGGAAAAUAAUAUUAGUCAGCAUGUAGAUUUGACAUUCCACCCUUUCCUGUGAGAGUCCUGUUGACUAUUUAGGACAUCAUCCUUUCUCCCAUUGUGCAAAUUCCACUACAGUCAUGUGCGUGAGGUUUCUUCACUGCCAGGGUUCUGUUGAAUUGAUGAUGAUUGUUCUGCUGGUUGCCUAUUUGGCAUGAGUUUAUUGAAUAAAACACAGGCCUCUUCUAAUUUGAGACACCCUGUGGAGUCUUCAAAUUUCUAUUUAAAUGCUGCGGUGCACACUUAGAACUGUACCACUGAACUUGGUAAAAAUUAAUUUAAAUUAAAUUAAUUUGGCCCUUCCUCCCAACUCAUCCAACCAAUUAAAAGAAAAACAAUACAAUUUUACUGAAUUGCAAAGAAUAAUCAUCUGUUCCAAGUGUUCAUUGUUGCAGCCCAGUUAGAAAGACCAUUUUAUCAUUACACAUACUUGGGUUUUGCCCAAUGCAAUUUUGUCACAUUGCAUGUUUUGGUGUUCAUUAUUUGCUCUAAGUAUCAGUGUGCUUGAGACAAUGAACUGAUGGGCAAGCUUAUUUCUUACAGAUCACUGUAAUGACUUACCUCCGUUGCCGUAGCUCCAAGCUUGGUCUCUCUGUUAUCCAUAUCCUGAUUUUCAUGAGUCUUGGGAAUGCUACAGUUUGUAGGUCUCAAAUAAGGGCCAGAAGUACACUGCAAAGAUAAACAGGGAAGAAUACUUGUGAGUCAGGGUCCAUGCUUGAGUGUGGCAUAAAACAAAAGGAAUUAAUGAUAGGUUUAGUCUGAUCCGCUUAGGCUUCCUUUUUUUUCAUUUUCUUUCUGUUGGCAUCUCCUGACGAACAAAUGGAGCAGAUAAUGCCCCAUGAUAUAUCAUCGAAUAAAAUUGGCUUGUCUGAUAAAAUAAAUGGUCCUCCUUUUAAGGUAAUAGUUACCCAGAUUUACACUACAUCCUGUCAUUGUCAGGAAAAGGAGAAAUGCAAAGAGAGCUGUCUACUGUUUUCUUAGAAGGUCAGUAAUUUGACAUGGCUGGGGACAGAAAAUGAGCAGCACUGCAUCUCACAGGUUCUAAUUCUGGUUUAAUUUUUCAAUUCCAUUUGCUGCUCUGUGGCUGAAUAUUAGGCAGGGCCUACAAAUGGUGACACAUGCCAACCUAACCAUUUUGCUUCCUGGACAACUUGAAUUUUGCCCUCUGAGUACUAGAACAAGAGUGAAUUUUCCUGUAAUCUAGGGCUGGCAUCUGCCACCAGUUAUCGUCCCUAUCCAAUGUUCACCAUGUUGUAGCAAGUGGAGUCAAAUAUCAAGUGAGGAAAAACAACUAGUCAAAAAUGCAAUCCCACCCAUUUUCCCGCUCAAGUCAAAUUAUCACCUACUGUGUAUUCUUUUUUUUAAAAAAACAGCUUUCUUUGUAUUUCUGCCUCUUCUUUAGAUUACUGAUGUAAAGUAGAUCAGGUUAAUUUGUACUUAUCUCUAGAUUAAAGAAGAAUAGUUUAUUUUAUUGGACUUGGCCAUUCCCUAGUGUAGAACUUUGCAAGAUUUUGAGGCAUACUUCAGUGGGAGGUAGGAAUCGACCUUGAGGCUUGAUAUACCAGAGUCAAUUGUCCUGAUUAUAUAAGGCCAAUGCUUGCAGACAAUUGGUUUAUAAAAUGACUUAAGCUGGCCUGAAGAGCAACAGAUACAUGGUGGGCUGAAGGGCCUGUAUUGAGCUGUAUUGUUCUAUAUAAGGAAGCUAUGUUGGUUAGGGUCUGAGGAGCUUGUGUCCUAAAUUUGGCUGCCAAGCUCAUGCAUCAGUUUGUACCAGGACCUUUCACCCUAGUUCUUCAAUUUUGUAGGUACAUUAAAUAACUUGACCAUGCUAUAGUAAAACUACUAAAGAUUAGGGAAAAACUAUUGGAGAAGCUGCUGCUUGUGUUCAAUGAUUAGAGAAAUUGGUUAUUGUGAUCGAUCUAUUUAUAAAAAAAAUUGUGUGAAACCAAAGGUUCCAAGUACUCAGUUGCCUGAAGUGUGUGGGAGGCAGUAGGAGGGAGAGAAGAGGUGGGGGUGAUGAAGAGAUGGAAGGAUGUGGCAGUCAUUUGAGAAUUUCUUGCAGUUGGUUGUGUUCACUUUUGAAGUGUUAAGUCAGGAGCUAUUGUGUUUUUGCAGUAAAAACUCAGAUAUCCUGCUUCAUUGUGUUUGGGCAGACAGGAACCUGUACUUUGUUCAGCAAAACAUUUUGCGGUGUUACACAAUUAAACCCACAAAUACUGACAUUUUGAAAUUAAAAGACAAUAUUUAAUGAAUUAAGUAGUCAGUAUCUAAAAGAGUAGUUCGGAUGUAAACCCUGCAUUAGAAAACUAAAGAUUUGUAUUUAUUUAUCACAAUUUCAUCUUUCAAAAUACCUUGUGCAAUAAAAUAUUUUAAGGCACAGUGGCUGUUUUGCCAAUAGAAUUUGUGGGUAAUUUGACCUAACACUGAUGUUGACCUGAGGAGCACUGGAGUACUUUCUAUUUUGCAGUGGUGAGUUUCAACAGAACCUCCCAUCAAGGUUUGCAAAUAGCAGUAAGUGGUGUGUACCAAGGAGAUUUAUGAAAGUGAUGAUCAGCUGAGAAUUCUUCAUACCUUUUAAUAUUUUCCUCCUGUGUUUGUAUUUCCAUUCCAGGUUUUGAAUAUUUUAAGUUGCCCUCUUAUGCGUCACAGCAAAAGGAUGUACAGUAGUUUAGAUCUUGCAUGCAAAACAGCAGUGUACUAAGGAAUGUCUUCUGUACAAUUUAAGACUUAAGUAUUAAAAGCCCUAUUUAUAUAUUUAUCGAAACGAUUUUGUGCAUAUAUAUGACAGGAAUAAUGGUGACACCAAAAAUUCAUGUGAUGCCAAUUUUAUAUUUGUUUACAUCUGCAUUUAAAAUUCAUUUUCAUUAAACAGUGAGCUAUAGUCUCUGUGUCUGUGGUAUUCAACCUGCAUUGUGCUUGGAAUUAAAACUGCUUUCUGCAGAUACAGUUUGUGGCAAAGCCUGUCAUAUUGGUUGUAUUUCCACAGACACUGUCCAAAUCUGUCACUGAUCUGCAAUGCAGAGGGAUGGGCUUGAAUAAUAUGGGUCAAAAAACACUUGUUUCCUGACUAGUCCUUCCUUGCUUUCCUCUCCAUAUAAUCCUCAUUCUCUUCCUCACCAUCUUUGGGGACCCUGGAAUUCUGUUUAUUCAACUACCUUGUAUGCCUGCAAGAUUGAGAUUGUAAUGCAAGUCUAAAUCCUAUCCUAUGGCAGAAAAUUUUGUUUCUGGGGCCAGAUCAUUUACCUUGAAAGACAAGUUGCUUGUCCACGUAAAAUAAUAGGGAGGUUAAGUCUUUUGCUUUCUUAUAAGUUCAGCCCAAAGGCAAUCCAUGACUAACGAAGCAGAAUGAUUACGAUGUCAAUCUUCAGCAUUUUCUUUAUGGCCAUUAUAGUUUCCAAUGGGAAUUUCUUAAAAAUAUUUAUUUGCCAGAACAGACUAACUAAAAUGCUGUAUCAAGGUUGUCUGUUCACUGCAUCCAUCUAUUCAUUCUUUUGUAUUUUUUCCUCAGUUUAAAAAUCAACCUGUAUUUUCCAGACCCUGCACCAACGGUUGCUGCACCUGGAGGGGAAGGUUCUCCUCCUCGCUGGGUGAGCUGUCCUCAUUGAUGGGUACUGGUACCACAGCAUUAUGGUUAACUAGAUGACCAGUAUCAAAAGCCCCAGGCCAUUGAUCUAGAAAUGAUUUCAACCUCCACCACAGAAAUUGAGGAAUUUAAUUUUAUAUAAUUAAAUAAAAUGAGGAAUAAAUGGAUGGUAUUAGUAACGUUGAUGAAAAAUAACAUGCAGCAUUGUUUAAAAAUCCUUCCAGUUCAUCAGCACCCUUCAUGGAGAAAGUCUGCAUCCUUACUUAGUAUUACCUAUUUGUAUCUCUGGACUCUCAAUUUUGUUAACUCCAUAUGUCCUCUGAAAUGGCCUAGCCACCUAGUUAGUCCAGAGUGAAUUAGGGAAGAACAGUAAAUGCUGACUUCAUGAUUGCUACAUGCCAUUAACAAAGUAAUAAAGCAUAAAUCCAGUAAUGGCCUUGGCAGAUGAACAGGAACAAACUGAAUUUAAAUACUAAAUAAUUCUUCCAUUUACCAUACUAAUUGCUGUGUACCUUUAUUUCAGGUAAGACCACUACAAAAGGCCUUUUUAGUAAAACUCUCCAAUAGCAAUUUUUCAGAUUUUACGGUAUUGGCAUGAAAGAAAAAUUGUCCUUGAGAUAAUUUGGCCCAUCAAUUCCAAGUUUGAGUAUUUACAGGCUCCAUCCUAUCUAUUUGCCCCCAAUUUUAACAACCUGCUGAAAGAAAUCAAACAAUACUGUUAAUAUUAUUUUAACAAUCAGUCUGCUGCCUUAAUAAAUAUUGAUUCAGCUUUUGUUUUUAAAAAUUUCUAAUGAUCGGCUACCUUGCAGUCUGCUCCUUGCAGUAUGCUCUGUUAGGAGGAGGUCUUUUUCUGGGAUCAUUUCCUAGGAUAAAUAAUUUACUUACUUCAACUUUGUAUCUUUCAUUACUUUUAAUAUUUUUGCCCAGAGCUUAAACUGUUUAGUUUUGGUAUUUUUUUUCAGCUACUGCUAGAUGAUAAAUAGAUGCUAAUUGCUCAGGUGAGGGUUUGUGCAUCAUUCAGCCUUGUAACGGACAUUUAAGUUAAACACCAGGUAGUAUUUAAUGCUUAAAGGUGAUCAAUACUUAGGAUUGGUUGCUAGAAAGAAUGUUUGAGCACUGGGUUCAUUGAAGUAACAGGGAAAUACCAAGAUUAGCUGAAAGACUGAAGGUUGGAAUGAUGAAAUCCCUAUCUUGUGACCCUCCAAGUGCAACCAAAAAUUGUGAAGGAGAGAUACAAUCAUGGUAGUAUCCCAUAGAUGUCUGCAUAUUUAGCAAAAUUCAAAAUAUCAGCAGGUAUUAGGUAGGAGUCAGUACAGUUAGAUCAACCCUUGAAGGAGUAAUUUGUCCCUUUUUGGAGAUAUUUUGUUUCAUAAAUAUGAAGAAAAUUGCCAAGAAUUUUAUAAGUAAAAUCCCCUGUAAAGGAAUUCUUGGAGCUCAAAGCAUACCAGAUUUUUAAAUUUGUAAUACUUGCUCAUUGUGUUUAGUUUUGCUGAUGGUGACAUUAGAUUUAGUAAAUGGCAACAGCAAAAGUUGAUUCUGAAAUUGUCUCACUAUUGUUAGUGAUAGGCUCCUACACUGUACCAAUAACAGUAUGUUGAACGCAGCAGAGGUUUUGGGUCACUGUUGGUGUUGUACCCGUCCAAAGAAUCACAAGCUGACCUCUAACAAAUUAUAAAUUGAAGUAGGGAUUUAACUGCUGUGGUUAAAUCUCUUGGGUACAAUGGUAUUAUCAAGAAUUUAUUUUCUAAUACUAACUAUAGUCUUUGGAUUUUCCUGUGGUGCCAAUUGCCUUUUUUAUGAUCUGGAAUGAUGAGUUUUAAGUUAUGCCAAUUGAGGGUAUUAGAGCUCACUAAUUCCCUUGGUUUCCCCUCCUUCAUAAACCCUCAGGUCUUUGAAAGCAAGCUUUGGGUCAUCUAACCACUGCUUUGUGAGGCAUGUUCUCUUCUCUCCCUUUUAGCCCUUUGUGGUGUUCUGCAAUUUGAGCUUUGGUUUCUCAUUAAAAAAGGUAUUUUCAUUUGGUAAUUUUUUUUUUGAAAAAACAGGAUUGAAUUGUGGCUGAUAUGCUUAUACUUUUAACUCACUCAAGGAUAGUAUCAUCAUCAUAAAUCUUAUUGGGAUAAGUCAGCAAAAUCUGCGGUACCCUAUUUACUUUAUGGUUUCCAAUCUAAUUGCACAUUUCAUUCUCCCUGGCUGUAAUACCUUUUUCAAAGUAUUCAUGCAAAGUUUUUACAGCAUUGAGGGUGGACAGACUGGGUGACUGUUCUUGCCUGCAGUCUGGGCACCUGUUCUUAUUUUGAAUUUUUGUUUAGUUCUUCAAUGAAGUAACAAAAUGUUCAGAUAAAGGUUUUGAGUACAAUUCAGCUAACCAUGGGCGUUAGACCAGUAACCAUGACGCCCUAAAGGGGGAUUUUUAACAACUCUGCCAGCAGGGAAGAACUUGUUUCUAUAGGGGAGGAGGCAGGGGAAGAAGAACCAAUUGAUUUGUUCCUAUAUAAAGCUGGUAAGGACUUGAUGGGCUUGAUGAUCUCCUCAACUGCUGUCGCUAUUCUGUGAUUCAGACACCAUUAUCUUUGCAAUGGUCCUGCACAAGGCGAGCUCCAUUUCCUCAUUUCCCAGCUUUAUUUUGAGCUUAGAAGUAAAUUCAAACCUCUUGCUACUUCCCAUACAAGUGCUGAGAUUUGACUCUUUGCCAUGCAUGUCACACAUAUCUGCCUACCUUUCAUUGGAGCAAUGACCCUUCGUCCAAUGUGGUGUUUGGAUAUAGAAUACAACUAUUGGACACCCAGAUCUAUCUAUUCCUCUGUGGACAGAAAACAUGUUCUAUCAAUUCUUGUGAAAUGUGAUUGGUAACACUCUAGGGAGAGCUCAACCAUCUGCCCUUUUUAUUGGUUGAUAAUGAAGAGACCAAGAAAGUAUUUUUUAAAAAAGUUUGUAUCUUGUGUAAAAAUUCAAGCUAAGAAUGGUUACUCUACCUUGGGUGGGCUUCAUUUUGAAAACUGGUUCUUCAGUCAAGGAACUUAUUUUUUGAAUGGCACAUGUGCUAAUUGUUCUAGUACAGAAUUCAAGGCAAAGAAUGAGAAGUUGGAAGAACUAAGUGCUAAGCAAACAAUUUGAAAUUGGCUUGAAAAUAACUUUGAAACUUUGUAAACAGCACUUCCUAGCAAGUGGGUUUAGUUAAUGACAGUUGAGCACCAUGUUGCAUUUCCUCUUGAUGUAAGCCUACACACAAUAUAUUUUCCACGUUAGUUCUGUACUUAAAUUGUGUCUUGAUAGUGAGUUGAUCCUGAUUGUCUUGGUGUUCUCUAUUUUCUCAUAUUUGUAGACAAUAUACAUACGUGGACCAUAAAUAAGUGAAGAUUUUAGUGUGUGUGUGUGUGUAUAAUAUAUAUAUAUAUAUAUAUAUACACACACACACACACACACACACACACACACAUAUAUAUAUACACACUAUUAAAAAGCCUGGCGCUUUUGUGAUUAUACGGCUGAAGGGUGGUGUGGGCAAGGGGAGCUAGUUCUUGGCAUGUUAUUGAGUAGUAAUUUUGUUUGCAAAUCUAAAAGGCAGGCCUCAAUUCACAUGUCAAGUUUCUUGUAUUUGAAACAAAUGCUUUAUGUAUUUAAAUUAUUGUUCCAUUUUUAUGUAUUCAAAAAUGUGUUUCUCAAGAAUGUGCAAUUUUUUUGUUACAAACAACUGCCUCUAAUUAUUUACUGCUUCCUACUGUAAAUUAUGUUGCCAAAUAAAUGUUUUAUUAGU